AGGACGUCGUGACAUCACUAAGCUCGCCUAUAAAAACCACCCAAACCCGUCUCGUGUAUCGUCACUGAUCACAACACGAUCAGCUAGCGACCCAGCUUUGGCAAAGACCAUGGCCAGCGCCCUCGCCUUCGUUAUUGUCCUCGCCGCCAGCACCUGCGCCUCGACGGCGACGACGCUGACCAUCCACAACCUCUGCCCGCACCCGGUGUGGCCGCUGGUGACCCCGAACUCGGGCCUCCCCUCCAUCUCCGACAACACGGCGCGCCUGGACACCAACGCGCUCCUCUCCCUCUCCUUCCCGGCCACCUUCUGGGCCGGCCGCGUCGCCGCGCGCACGGGCUGCGACGCAGCGGCGUCGGGGUGCUGGACGGGCGCCGCGCCCCCCGCCACCGUCGUGCAGGUCACCGUCCACGACGGCGGCAGCAGCCAGGACCGGGCCGCCUACAGCGUCAGCCUCGUGGACGGCUUCAACGUCCCCACGGUGGUCACCCCGCACGCCGCUGCCGGCGGGCAGUGCCCGGCCCUCGGCUGCGCCGUCGACCUCAACUGCGACUGCCCGCCCGCCCAGCGCGCCGCCGACGGCGUCGCGUGCCGCGGCCCGCCGGGGUACUUCAAGAGCCGGUGCCCGCUCACCAGGACCACGCCCACCGACGUCGAGCCCGUCCCGCAGAGCUGCCGCGCGCCUGGGGAGAUCAAGAUCGUCUUCUGCCAGACGACCAUCGUCACUGGCGGCGCCGCCGCCGCAGACGCCGAGGCGAUGGUCAUCCGCUCCGUCGUCGCCGACAGCUAGAUCUGGCGGGGGUCCCGCUCGAUUGGCCUAGAUCGCUUCGUGGAUUUGUUGCUGUCAUGAACGAAUCCUUUUGUUCAUGUGUUUAGUGGAGGGCUUUAGCUUUGGCUUCGACGCGUGUGCUCUUUCCGGUGUCUGUAGAAAUCUGCCCUGAAGCAAAAUAAUAAUGCAAGUUCUAAAUCUAAAUAUCAGUCUUUUGUCUUUA